AUCCUGUUCUGCCAAUUUUCAAAUCCUCCACAUAGUGGACUAUCUGUCACUCAAUCACUAUUUGAUUCUCCUGAAUCAGUCAGUAUCGGAUAUUCAUCUUUAAACAUGUACGGCAACGGUACCAACGUACGAUCGUUAGCCCAUCGUAAAAAGCCCCAACGAACGCAGGAUAGUAAUCAUGUUUCGAUCAAACAAAUCAAACUUUGGACUUUCCCUUUCAAGACAUUGUACGGUUUCUGGGGCGAAUGCUCAUUCAGAUGCACUCAGCUCCUUUUUGCCAUUUUCCGGUAUAAAAAACUAUUUGCGAUCACUUCUGUCGUGUGUUUCAUAUUAGUGCUUUUGAACGCAAAAGAUGGCCCUCAUCAGCAGACCUUUCAGGAGAGCAAGAACGUGCUAUUUUGGUGGUUGUGGUGGGUAUGGCUUGGAUUCCUCUCAUCGUGUGGAUUGGGAACAGGACUACACACCUUUGUUCUUUAUCUGGGCCCUUUUAUAGCUCAAGUAACUAUGGGUGCCUAUGAGUGCCAUAGUACACGUUUCCCAGAACCUCCUUUUCCUGAUAAGGUUAUCUGUCCUGACGAUGGCAAAACAGAAGAUAUCAACGUAUGGAAAAUCAUUAGUAAGGUUCAGAUACCUUCAAUUUUAUGGGGCCUUGGCACUGCGAUAGGUGAACUUCCUCCAUAUUUCAUGGCGCGUGGUGCC